AUGGCCAAGAAGCAGAAGCAACCAAAAAAGGCGAAGAAACGUAGGAUAGUAGAAGUCAUCCCCGGCGCCUCCGACGCCGACGCGCGCGCGGCCCUGCGCGAGGAGCUCGAGGCCCACGCGGCGCGCUACCGGGACCCGGCCGACUUCGCCGCGGAGACGGAGCAGACGCUGCUGGCCCUGGAGUCCCGGGCCGACGCGGAAGCGAAGGCGCGCCAGGCGCAGCGCGAGGCCGGCGCCGACGCCGACGGCUGGCAGGUCGUGACCUACAAGCGCAAGGCCGUUUCCGAUCAACCAAGAGAGCCCGCUUCGCGCGCCAAGAAGCAAAAGAAGCAUGAAGAGUUCGAAAAGAGCGCGGACUUCUACAAAUUUCAAGUGAAGCAGAAGCGGCUGGGAGAGAUGCGCGCGGAGCUCGACGCGAAGCGGGACCAUCGGAAGCGGGGUCCGCGGCGCAAGUUUAAUUCAUAG